AUGAUCGUUAGCAGGUGGCAGUUGACAGCGUAUAAGGCUGCGAUCACAGUCGGGGUGUUGCAACGCGUCGUCAUUCUUGCCGCCAGAUCUUCUCUUUUAUAUAGAACCAUGAGCUCAGCUACCGCUGCCGAGCUUGAUGUCCGUGCAUUAGAGAAACUAAAGGAUAUUUACGGUGAUCUUGCACAGGUACCAACACUUUCCGCAGGGCGUAUCCAUAGAAAUGGAAAGUUUAUACAGGUUUCAUCUGUAUGGGAUAAUCACGCAAUUUCACUCAACAAAAGCACCAAAACUCAGAGAUCUUCAGUUGUCGAAAAAAUAAAUGCUACUGGAGAGCUGCGCUUAAUCUCGACAAAUUCUAUGCCUUUAACGAAUUUUGAGUCCCAAUCACUUGCAUACUCACCGAGCAAUUCUUUGGUAGCGCAGCUUAUUACCAUACCUGAUGGAAAAGAAAAGAAGCAGUAUCUCAGGGUUUUCGAUCAAACCGAGCAUAUUGAAGUUUUGUGUUCUGAUCUCAGUGGACAAAAGAAGCAUGGACUCAUAUAUGGAAUGGGCGCAGCUCCUUUCGGUACACUGAGAUUCUCUCGUGGUGAGGGACAUCUGCUCUAUUGUGCCGAGAGGAAUUUCAAAGCGGCACAAUAUUUCGAUGUGGAUUUGGAGUGGGAUAAUGACGAAAAAAUAAUCGAAAGCAAAGUGGGGAAGAAGUACGAGCUUCACGAAUCAUGGGGCGAAUCUUGUGGUGAUGUAAAACAGCCAGUGCUCUGUAUUGUCGAUAUUUUCUCCGGAGCAGUCACUGCGCUUGAUCAAAUUCCUCCUGGAAUAUCGCCAUCCUUUGGAAUCUGGGCACCUGAUGAUGCUGGAAUUGUGUUUUUUGGUCUCCAAGACGAACCAUUCAGAUUAGGCAAAAAUAGCGUGCAAUAA